CUAGAAGGUACUACCAGUGCACUGGCAACUGCAGUUUCAUUUAAAAGCGAGGAAAAAAUUGCAAUUACAUAAAAAUUAACAGUUUGAAAGGCAGUAAAAACGAGCAGCAACAAGUGCAGGGGAGAUGCGAAAAAAAUGCCUGAAAGAGAAAAAAUUAUUUACGCUUCAAGCAGCGGAUUGGCCAAUAAAGUUGCAGGUUGAUAUAUUUUUAAUGGCGAAAAACUGCAGCGAAUGCAGUUGUUGUUGUGAUUGUGAUGUGAUAGAAGUGUAACGCACGCAGCAGCAGAUGCAAAGACAGCAGCAGCAGGAACUUCAAUUAAUAAAAAAAAAGAACAAAGAACUACCCAAAGCAAGAACAGUAAUCACAACAAGAAGACGAAGAAGAAGAACAACAAUAACAGCGACGCAUAAUUUCCUGCUCACAACACACACACACGCAUAUAAGCACACAAAGAGCCCAAAGCAAAGCUGUGUCUGUGUGCGCGUGUGGGAGAGAGAGAGAGACAGAGCAGAGGAGAGCCGGCCAACAGAGAAUAUAAUUUCUGCGGAGGGGAGAGAGAGUGAGCUGCUGCAUUUCUUGAUUUUUAAAAUCGCAAGGCAUAAAAUGACCAAUUCUGGACGCAAUCCUCAUCGAUUCGAUUUCCCGGUGCAACGACGAGAUUAAGGGAAGCGGCAGAGACGCUAUUGCGAAUGUUUAAAAAUAAAUAAAAACGAAGAUUAUCGAAAUUAGCUGCGCGAGAGAGGAGAGGAAGAUCCACAGCAACAGCAGGUAAAGCAGGGAGAGUGGCAGAAAGAGAGCGCGCGGGAGCAACGAUUCAAAGACGCAAUUUGUGAAUAUUUUAAUCGUGCAUUCACACGAAGACGAAAACGACGAGGCUACCGACGAAGACUUCAGGCGAAGACGAAGCGGUUCAGUGGGAGAGAGAGCGCGCGCGCCUGCCAAAGAGUUAAUUGAAAGAGCAGCGCAGCGGCUGAGGACAGACGCAGAAAGAAGCGUCAUUUUCUGAUAAGAGCGAGCAAAACAAAGGAGACUCCCACAAUGUUUGCGCCCAGCGGCAGCAGCAGUAUCAGCGGCAGUGCCAGCGCCAGCUUCAGUAGCAGUAGCAGCAGCAGCAGUAGCACCACUGGAACAGGCGCCAGCUCCACCAACAGCACCAGUGUCAGUGGGAGUGGGAGUGGAUCCGCAGAGCGGGGCGAAGCGAACAACAACAACAACCACAAUCAUAAUUUGAGCUUACAACUGAACGGUAACGGUAGUGGUAGUGGUAACGGUAACAACAGCAACAGUCACAGUAGCAGCAGCAUCAGCGUCAUUACUAACGGCAACGGCAACAACAGCAACAGCCACAGCCACAACAACAACACACACACAAAUCUCAUCAGCGGCUUCUGCAGCAGCAUCUGGCGCUCUGCUACCUUUGGGAGUGCCACACCAGUGGUGGUCAGUGCAGCACCUGCCCCCACCUCUGUUUCUGCCUCAGGCUCUGGCUCUGGCUCUGGCUCAGCCAUGAGCGACUGUUCCUCGUCCAGCCUGUCGGCUUCCCCCGAUGCCGCCUGCCUGGCUGACAAUGAUGACGAUCAGCAGCAGAGGCAGCCGCUCCAGCGGUCUGAGGCCAUCAGCACAGACAGUUAUCUUGGCCAGGAUUCGGACGACGCCCAGCAGCCACAAACAUUCCUAGGAGCCACCGAACUGGACGAUGAGCUAAUCAAACAACUGCCAAAGGAGGUUCUGCUGCGGGUUUUCUCCUAUUUGGAUGUGGUCUCGCUAUGCCGCUGUGCACAGGUGUGCAAAUACUGGAAUGUGCUCGCCCUGGACGGUUCCAGUUGGCAGAAAAUCAAUUUAUUUGAUUUUCAACGUGAUAUCGAGGGUCCGGUGAUUGAGAAUAUUUCGCAACGAUGUCGCGGCUUUCUCAAGUCCCUGUCGCUGCGUGGCUGUCAAUCGUUGGGAGAUCAGUCUGUGAGAACUCUAGCGAAUCACUGCCACAACAUCGAACAUCUGGAUCUGUCGGAGUGCAAGAAGAUAACGGAUAUAUCCACACAGUCCAUCAGCAGAUAUUGCACCAAACUAACGGCCAUUAAUUUGGACUCUUGCUCCAACAUAACAGAUAAUAGCCUCAAAUAUCUAUCCGAUGGCUGUCCCAACCUCAUGGAGAUCAAUGUGUCGUGGUGUCAUCUGAUAUCUGAGAACGGGGUCGAGGCGCUGGCCCGCGGCUGUGUCAAGCUGCGAAAAUUCAGCAGCAAAGGUUGUAAACAGAUCAACGACAAUGCCAUAAUGUGCCUGGCCAAAUACUGUCCCGAUAUAAUGGUGCUAAAUGUGCACAGCUGUGAGACCAUAAGCGAUUCAUCUGUGCGCCAGCUGGCCGCCAAGUGUCCCAAGCUGCAAAAGCUUUGCGUGUCCAAGUGUGCGGACCUAACUGAUCUCUCGCUAAUGGCCCUGUCGCAGCACAAUCACCUGCUGAACACACUGGAGGUGUCCGGGUGUCGCAACUUCACGGACAUUGGGUUUCAGGCCCUGGGACGCAACUGCAAGUAUCUGGAGCGCAUGGAUCUGGAGGAGUGCAAUCAAAUCACGGACCUAACGCUCGCUCAUCUUGCCACAGGCUGUCCCGGCCUAGAGAAAUUGACCCUGUCGCACUGUGAACUGAUCACGGACGAUGGCAUACGGCACUUGACUACUGGCAGCUGUGCCGCAGAGAUACUGUCCGUUCUGGAGCUGGACAACUGUCCCCUGAUAACGGACCGCACGCUGGAGCAUUUGGUUUCGUGCCACAACCUACAGCGCAUCGAACUAUUCGACUGUCAGCUGAUUACACGCACCGCCAUACGCAAGCUGAAGAACCAUUUACCAAAUAUCAAGGUGCAUGCAUACUUUGCUCCGGGCACACCGCCGGCGGUGACCAGCGGACAACGGCCACGCUACUGUCGCUGCUGUGAGAUUCUCUGAGAUACGGCCAUCGGCUUUGCCAGGAAGAUAAUGCGCAAGGCAGCCACAGACUGAUGCUGGCCCGUUUGCAUCGUUAUGUUCGGCCUGACCUUCAUCUCGAUGAUCUGCAUGUUUUUGCUGGGACUGCUCGAUGGCGUUAAGAACACGUAACCAUAACGUAACCCCCAAACCCACACCCACACAACAACCAGCACGGCUAGAUCCGAACGAAGCGGAAACGAAACGAAAUGUAGCUUUAGCUUUUAGUUUUGUUUUUUUUUUGUUUUGUGUUGCAAGUUUCCAAAACUUGCUGCAGCAUCAAAUUGUGAUUAUUUUAUUUAAUGUUCUCUACUAUAUAUGUUGACCUAGACAUUCAUUUGUGUGUAAUAUGUAUGUGUAUUAGUACCCAUUCUAUCUAUGCUAUCUUCUUCUAUUUGUUUGUUGGUUAGUCGUCCUCGUCUUAACUGCAACGCGAAAGAAUUUGGCUAGCUUAUACAUGCAUACAUACAUAUAUGUAUAUGUAUAUAUAAUGGUGUAUAUAUAUACACUCGAUAUGUAACAGCUUUCUCGCACUUGUCGUACCGCUGAAAAUGUUCUGUGUCUAGCCUGUAACUGCGAUUAAUUACGAAUUAGUUGUAACUCAGCCACGCCCACAAAAACUCAUACAUACCUGUAUUAAAUGUUGCUAAAAGAAAAGAAAAUCCAUCGGAAUGUGCGUGUCACUUGGAUUUUAGACAACUCUGAAACAUGUCGAUAGAACCAAAAAGCGUUCAACCCACACACAAAAACACACACUACUAGUACACAUAC